AUCAUUGUGCGCCGCACGAAGCUCAGAAUGUGUUCAGGUUGAUCUUUGGUUUGUGUUUUGGUAUAUAUAUUAAAAAAAAAUCACAAAACACGUGACGUGGACCGUUUGAUGGGAAGCAACGAUGUCUGUGACGGAAAUGUUUAGCUACAUUCAGUGUUUCCUGAGCGCAGAUCAGGACAUCAGAGAGGAUAUCCGUAAAGUGGUCCAGGUUUUGGAGCAGACGGCCAGAGAAAUACUAACUGUGCUCCAAAGUGUCCACCAACCAUCUGGCUUCAAAGAAAUUCCCAAUAAAUGUUCAAAGGCGAGGGAGCUGUUCUGCACAGUCAAUACACAGUUGGCAGACUUAAAAACGAAGUUUCCUGUGGAGCAGUAUUACAGGUUCCAUGAACAUUGGCGCUUUGUCUUGCAGCGCUUGACAUUUUUAUCUGCUUUUGUUGUCUACCUGGAGACUGAAAGUCUGGUGACUCGAGAGGAGGUGACCCAAAUACUCGGGAUUGAGGUAGAAAGAGAGAGAGGCUUCCACCUGGAUGUAGAAGACUACCUGGCAGGUGUCCUGAUCAUGGCAAGUGAACUGUCUCGGUUGGCGGUCAACAGUGUGACAGCAGGCGAUUACACCCGGCCACUACGCAUCUCCAACUUCAUCAACGAGCUGGACUCAGGCUUCCGUUUGCUCAACCUGAAGAACGACCCGCUCCGUAAGCGGUAUGACGGCCUGAAGUACGACGUGAAGAAGAUCGAAGAGGUGGUCUACGACCUUUCCAUCCGUGGCCUGGCUAAGGAGCCUGAGGGGGACAAAUAGGGCCCAAAGUGGGUGGGAGGUGAAGGAGGGUGCGCUGGCUCCUUGAGCCUGGGGCCUGUCCACAGUGACUGCAGAUCAGACUGUACCCAGCUGGUAGGCAAGACCUGGGAUCUGGCUGAGGUCCCACCAACCCAUGACGGACUGUGUGUGUGUUUAUGUUUGAAGUACUGCAGACCUGUGUGCAUCCGUCAGAAGGCAGGGGUGAAGUAAACUUUAUUCCUACUAUUUCAUAAAUGUGUUCAGCUUUUGUGUUUGGAGUUGGUUUUGUAACAGUCGUAUUCUUCUUACUGAUUGACAUUGAGAUGAUUGUGAGAGCUGGAUCUCACUGAAACAUGUUUUCCAGACAUGCAGCCCUUUUGUUGUUUAUCUGCAGAAGCAAGAUUAAAAAAAAGCCAGUG